AAUUAUGGAUUACGAGUAUACUCAAAAUUUAGCUAAAGAUACCAACGAUUUUGAUGUAAAAAUUAGAGUUGGAAAAGAACCGAAUAUUAAAGAGUUUAAAGCACAUUCUUUUAUUUUAUCUUCUAGGUCAAAUUAUUUUAAAAAAGCAUUUUCUGAACAAUGGGCAAGGAAAGAAGAAGGAUUUUUUAUUUCCAAUCAACUUAAUAUUUCUCCUACAGUAUUUGAAAUUCUUAUAUAGAGACAUUUUUUAUUGGAAAUAACGAAAGUCUUGUUGAUGUUUUAAUUG